AAGGGGAUGACGCUGCUCUGCUUCUUGCUCGAUCUCCGAACCAUCUCUCCUCCAUUGCUCUGCGAUCUGAAGCAGGCUUUACUACAGCUCGCCAAUCUUUAUGCAUCGUGGUCGGAUAGAGCAGAGAGGAAGCGAGGGAAGGAGAUCCCUUUUUUACGAGACAAUGUCGGGCUGUGCUACCUCCACUGGUGCAGAAACUCUUCAUCCUCUUGUACGGAGCUGAAGAUUGCAUACAGACCUGGAGAAAGGUUUAGUGUCUGUGACUUUCAUCAUGCUGUAAACAGCAUUUCCUCGGACAACUUUUUGCCAGAUGUGAGCAAGUUUAUGCAUACAGAAAGUAGCACUGAAGAAAUGCCACUUACAGACCUUUUGAAUAAAAAUGCCCUGUACAAAUGGGGUAGUGAUGAUGUCCCAAAGAAAGUAAUUGUCAUUUGCUCAUCCAUUACUACAAGCAUUGAAUCUCUUCGGAGAUCUCUUAUGGAUGCCGCAGAACGAUGCAUCACAGUGGAGUUUGUAGUAUUGGAACAGGCAGACACAAAUAUCUGUUAUGAUGAUGCCUUGAAGCUCAUGCAAUUUAGUGAUGGUAUUUGUGACCUUGAGAACUGUGUGAUCAGGAGUUAUCCUCUGGAUACCUGGAUAUUAAAUUCCCUGGUGAAAAAAUGGUUCCAAGAGCUAAAGGAUGAUACACAGGAGCCACUGCAAGCAGUAUUUCUUUUCAAGAAUGGCAUUGUCGGUUCAGUCAAUCAAAUGCACUGCAACUUGUUUCCUUCAUAUACUCAUAUCAUUGAUGGUUUUAGCUCUUGCCAGACUUGCAGGUGUCAUGGCUAUCCCGUUGACACUGCCAUCAAUAAUAAGACAAAAUUGUCUUGUCCACUGACCCUUCAUGAGUUAGAGGCAUCUGAACUGAUUGACAAUGUUGUACGAGUAGGAGAACAGUCUGUUCUAUUUCUGCCGUCUUUUGAAGGUUGUUUUAGUCCCCGAAGAAUCUCUGCAUCCUUAACUUUGAGUGUUAUUGAAUGCACCAGCUUAGCCUCAUUAAGUGAAGGUUUGAUAAUGGGAGCAUCCUUUUUUGUAACUCCAUCUACCCAUGAAAUCGAAUCUGCUUCAGAUGAAUCAGAUAACGUGGAUCUGAAUGUUCAGAUUUUUCGAGGGUUGUGUAGAACUCUUUUCCUUCUAGAUCAGGGACUCGUUUGCUCCUCAACUUGUAAUACAGAAACAAUGCAAGAUGGUACCUUCCUGAGCUAUUAUCUUCUCCAACCAUCAGCGGGAGGGCCAAUGCUUUUGAGGAGGCUUGCCUCGUCGGAGGAAAUAUUACCCAUUCCUGAGAUAGCUCAGACAAGUGAAGUAGCCAUACCAGAGGAGAUAGAGAACUCUAUUCGUGCCUCUUUGACAAAGGUUGAACUAAGAGACUACAACCCUCUUCAACAUGAAAGAGGUUUUCAUGCUAAACUUAACUGGCUGGUAAAGGAGAGCUUGCAAUUUGGGUCGAUUACUUCACUCUGUGUUCCAGCAAAUCCAGAACUUAACCUCAAUGAUCUCCAGCAACAGCCAUUAACUCAAGUUUCUGAAGGACAGAUGUCUCUCAACCAACACAAGGAGAAGACCUCUUCUUGUUUAACCGAGGAGUGGGAGCGGCUUCUCAUUGUAGAUGAAUUGACUAGCAGCUCACCCCCAAGUUUUCCUAUCCUCAGGACUAAAACAUCAAAUCUAAGGGCUCAGGCUAAGCCUCUGGAUGAGAAAACUUCAAGAAUUCUGGAGAGAUUGGAAGCUCCAAAGCAACAAAUCCCGACGAAUUUCUUGAACGAGGAGAUGAAAAAGCCAUUACUGCCAUUUAAUUCAAGCUCAAGUCAGCCACUAAAGCCCAACUUUCAGAAGUUGAAAAGAAAGCAAAGGUAAAGAUAGACUUCAUUUUUGUUACUCGCAAACUAAGUAGUUAUGUUUGCUUAAUGCCGAUGGUAGAUGAAAACUCGUAAAUAUAAAAUCGCAUAUG